GCCCCGGAGUCGGCGAAGUCUUCAAUUCGAAAUCUUGUCAACUAUCUGACACAAGGUGCCAAAAAUGACUUACAGAAAGUAAGAGCGUUCUUCAGAUGGAUAGCCAGUAACGUCACGUACAACUGGAAAUAUAUAGACGUACGGUUAACAGCAGAGGAGGUGCUGAACAGAGGAGAAGGAGUUUGUAAAGACUAUUGCAGAUUAUUUAGUGAAAUGUGCAGAUUCGCCAGCAUACGGGUAAAAACGUUACAGGGAUUUGCCAAGGGCCACGAUUAUAGACCAGGUCACCAGUUCCAUCCUGGAGAAGACGUGACGCAUGCGUGGAACGCCAUCUUUAUUUUUGGUGCAUGGCGUCUGAUUGAUACCACGUGGGGAACAGGAUAUACAGACCAUACAGGAAAAUUUCAGAAAAAGCUAAAUGAACAUUUCUUCUUGACGGAUCCCGAGGCUUUAAUUUGGACUCAUUUUCCACACGAUGAGUUGGAGAAUGAUUACUGCAGGUGGCAACUGCUCGACAAGCCAAUCACUUUGGAGCAUUUUAAUGCUUUGCCCAAGGUGACGCCAUUUUUCUUCCAAUACAAUCUCAAAAUACGAUCUCGUCCACAAAAUCCAAUGAAAUGUAAAGUACAAACUGAGAUCAAACUUGGAGCUCACGAGCCUAUGCGGUACAAGUUCAAAAUGUAUCCCGCUGACGAACUAGAAAACUCGUCACUGAAUAACUACGUCUUCUGUCAGCUCAAAGAAGACCGUUUAGUCGGAUCGUUUGUAAUCUCUCCGCCGAUAGAGGGCAGGUACUACUUUAAAAUCUACGCCAAGCCGGAGAAGGAUAUGAAUGAUGACACUACUCUUCACAGUGUCAUCAUUUUCCUCGUGGAGUGUGAACGAGCGAGGAAAUAUAUCCAACCAUAUCCACUGAACGAGGUUCCCUGGGGUCCAACACAAAGCUUCUUUAAUUUCAACAUGAAGCUAAUCAACCAAUCAGGGCCUCUCAUCGUGACGUGGGGUGGACGAAGGAAGGUGACACUGGAGAUGAGCACGUCUAUGUUGAUUACUCCUCAAAUGUUUGAUGCGGAUGGCAUGGAACUAGACCUUAAGAGUGUUCUUAUUCGAGAGGAUCAUGACAAUCGAAUCACCUUUACCAUCCUCCCGUUUCGCGUUGGUCUCUAUAAGCUAAUGAUCUUCGGAAUGCCAAAACCCAAGCAGAAAGGGAAAUGGAGACUACCCCUCAUCGCUUCGUUUUUGAUCGACUGUAAACUAACGAAACAAAACAAUGAAGACGAUUUACCUUCACCUACAGGAAGAAGUACAGGGAAAAAAAGCUUCUAA